AUGGCCCGACCCCCCAGCGCCUUCCCCCAGCCUGUGGAAAACACGAAGCAGCACAGACCCCUGUUCCCGCUCACCGAGCUGCCCCGGGGCUCUUCAGCUCUCACCUCAGACGACGCUCGAGGGCCGUUGGGGUUUGUUCUGGGAGGUGCAUUUGGUGUCUUCACAGCUGGCAUCGACACCAACGUAGGGUUUGAUCCCAAGGACCCGUAUCGCACCCCAACGGCCAAAGAGAUCCUCAAAGACAUGGGGCAGAGAGGCAUCUCCUACGCCAAGAACUUCGCCAUCGUGGGCGCCAUGUUCUCCUGCACUGAGUGUGUGGUAGAAUCUUAUCGUGGGAAGUCAGACUGGAAGAACAGUGUUAUUAGUGGCUGCAUCACAGGAGGAGCAAUUGGCUUCAGAGCUGGUCUGAAGGCCGGGCUGAUCGGCUGCGGCGGCUUCGCCGCCUUCUCCGCCGCCAUUGAUUACUACCUGCGGUAGCAGCGGGAUCCCUGGGGAGCAACUUCCCAUUUGUUCCAGUGCUGCUGCUAAGAGCCUGCAUCAUGGCAGAAGAACCAUCAGGCUUACCUUUCCACUGCCUCUGGGGUCCUCAUCCGUGCCAGCUGGAUGUUGUUGGCUGCUCUUCCUGAAUGACUAACAAGCAUCUGGCUCCGAGCCCUGGCGCGGUGCUUGGGGCAGACGCAGGAGGACGCAGCCAGGCACAGCGAGCAGUAUCUCCAGGAGGGAUCAGCUGACUGUCAGUUUCCAGGACACAAGCCUGGACUCUUGUUUUUUUUGAUCCUUUGGGUCUGAUUUUGAUUAAGACUGUUGCUGGCAUCAAAAGAGGCAGGAGGACGAGCUUCAAAAAGAAAUGCAGUGAUUUAGGUUACCAUGGAGCUUGAACGUGCUGCAAGUGUUUAACAGUUGACAGUUUGCAGCUUGCUACUCUGUUGGGGAGAGGUAAGAUCCUGUGGAGAAAUAAGUUUGUUCCAGGCUUUUCUUAAAAUACCAGCUGAAGACAAACCACCAUCUGUGCAACUUGUCUUAUUUCAAAUACAGAGAUGGGAGCCAGAUUUCUUUACCACGUCUUAAAGGGAAAAGCAAAAAAAGAAUCCUUAGCCUUAGAACCAUGUGGUUACUGGCAGAUGAACAAAACAGUUUAAGGGGAAAAGAAGAGGUUGUUGCAGAAGUAUAAUUUCUGUAGCCAAUUGGCUAGCCUGAUUUAACCUCACUGCAGGAGUACAAAUGAUCUUGCUGCUGCUUUUAACUGCCACAGGCUCACACCAUUACUUCCAGCCGUUUGAUAGUGACUAGAAGGCAGAGUUGUGAGAAUAAACCACUGUUAGACAG